UUUUUUUAUGUGUUAGGAACAAAUUAUUUGUUUAUUUUAUUGAUGGUCGUUGUUUGUGUGUGCAGAUAAAAUGGCAAAGGGAUGUGUGUCAAAGACAGGUGGAGGAGGAAGAGAUAAAUCUCCUUCCAAAAGAUCUAUCAAAAGAAUUAAGACAUCUCAGGAGGAUGAGCUACAAAAAUCAAUUGUAGCUGAAGUGGAAGCCAAACCUCUUCAGGUAGUAGAAGUAGUAGAAGGAGAGAAUGCUGGAGAAGAAGAAAAAGAGAAAGAAAAUGAACAGGAAAUUGAGAAAGAGAAUACAAAGGAAACAGAGAAUGUACUAGGAGGGAAUGCUAGAGAAGAGGAAAUAGAGAAAGAAAAAGAAGAGGAAAAGGAGGAGACAACAGUUGAUGAAGGAGAAGAGGAGACAGAUAUUGAUGAUGAAGCAUCCGUAGCAAAUACUGAAGAAAAAGCUUCAAGAGAAGAAGAAGAAAAAGAAAAAGAGGCAGCGACAAAAAGAAGAAAAAAGAGAAAGAAUGAUAAUGCACCUUCUCAAUCUGUUGAGGAUGAGAUGCCUGAGGAUGAGUUUGACAGUUGCGAGGUUGAAAUCUUAAAGCUUCGAUCGGAACUUCCACCCUUAAAGUACAAGACAUUUUUAGAUGAUAAUGAGACCUUCAACAAGAAGAUCACUGUGAGAUCCUUAUUAGGAUUAGCAGGUAUGGGGGAGUUCCGAAAGUUGUUGCAGGAUGAGGGCCUCAAAAAUAAGUUUAGGAGUAGUCCUUUCCGGCAUUUUGGAUUUGCCUGAGAGGCCACUAUUUCAAGCAUCUAUAGUGCAUGCUCUUCUACUCCGUAGAGUAUUGUGUGAGAAGACCCAGGAGUUAUGGUUUGAUUAUAAAAGAUUACCAGUUUACUUCGGUCUUCGUGAGUUCGCCAUAAUGACUGGACUCAACUGUGGACAUUCUUACACGAAUUCGAAGCUUCAAAAGUACCUUCUUGAUGGUGAAGAGUUGCGGAAACUUAUUGCUAAAGGAAAGAGGAUUCGAAAUGUGGUGUGUCCGAAGCUACCGUCAGAUUGGCCUCCACAGAAGAGGCUUUCUACAAUUAUCCAUGGAGCCGAAAUUGUUUCAGGUUGACAGUUGAUUAUCUUAUGAAAGAUAUGAAAGAGCGUCAACAAUCUAAGGGUGACUCGUAUAACCUCUACGGAUUUCCUUGGGCUUUCAUGGCUUGGGCAUUUGAAGUCAUACCUCAAUUGCGGCCAAAAGACUAUCCAAAAGAGAGGACAUUACUGAGGAUGAAGAGGUGGCUAUUUGAAAAAUUAGAAAAAGACAGGCCUGAUCCAUUUCAUGUCAAAGAUCGUCUGGUAAGGCUCAUUCUGAUAGAUGUUUAAUGUUUGAAACAUCUUUGACACAUCCACAGGAUGUUUGAAACAUAUCCGCAUGAUGUUUGAAACAUCUUUCAAAAAUCUUCCACAGAAUAUUUGAAACAUCCACGUGAUAGCUGAAACAUCUUUCAAACAACAUGUGGAUGUUUUUUAUAGUUUGUAGAAGAGUCUGAAGCUAUACUAGACCUCUUAGGAUCCUUGCAAGUGUUGUAUAGGUAAGACACUUGUAUUUUGCUUUAAUAUGGUUGGCCAACACAUCUUUAGUACUGAUGAAUACAUUGUUACCUUUAUCCAAAAAAAAAAUCUAUUUCCUAUUAAUGGUUUUUUUUUCUUCAAGAGACUGUUAGAAUAGCACGAUCCGUCUUGUUAUAUGAACUGGAGAAUAAACGAAUAUCCAGCGGUGGAUAUACUUAGGAUCAAGCCAAGUAAAAAGCUUCUUAUUUUGGAUGUAAAUGGUAUUUUAGCGGAAAUAGUUUCGUUACAAGGUACACUCAAAGGUAACAAAAAAUUUCUUUUUAAUGCUUUUGAACUUAAGAUAAAAAUAUCUGCAUCUAAUUGGCCUGCUUUUUACCAGCUUUACAAAGACCCUCUUGCGAUGAAUUUUUGAAGUUUUGCUUUGAAAAUUUUAAAAUCGCCAUUUGGACUUCUAGGACGCGGACAAAUUUUGAUAGUGUACUGUGUGACACGGGAAUUUAUACUGAGAUAACUAAAAACUGUCUAUUUACUUGGGUAAGUGAACUUCUUUACGGUAUAUGUUUGGUUUCUUAAGAUCCUCAUAUUUCAAAGGACUGUUUUGUAGUGUCAAGAGGAGUGUACAAAAAUAGAAGAAAGUGUGGAGAACCCAUACUGAGUAUGUCGCAUCCAACACUUUGUUGGUUGAUGACUCUCCUUAUAUGGCAUUCCUCAAUCCAGAAAGUUUAUGGGCUCGAGUUAUUCAUUUUCUUCAAUGAUAUAUUGUGUAAGGCAUGUUGAAUUGGCUCUUAUGUGGAGGUUUGGAAAGGAAAAUGGUGGGGGUUUGCUGAUGUCUUAUGUCGAUUUGCUACACUGAUCCGUGUUGUUUGUUGAACUUGCUAAUUACUCUUUACGUAUUAUUUCUUGUUUGUGUUAUUGUCUAAUAUAGGCACAUACUGCGAUAUUUCCUCAUUCAUACCAUGGAAGACACAGGAGCGAUAAUUGUUUAGGUACAGGAGGUAGCAUAAGAGUUUAUUUGGAAAAAUUGGUGGAAGCUGAUCAUGUGCAAGAAUUUGUAAGACAAAAUCCAUUUGUUGGUGGUCAAGAGGCUAUUACAGAAAAUUCUCGAGAAUGGGGGCAUUAUCACAGAGAAAAAUUGGAGAAAUUAAGCUAAUGUUGAAAUUUAGGACAUAGUGCCUGAUUAUUCUGUAAACAAUAAUUUUACGGCAUGUUGGUAUUAGUUUUGGCAGCCUUCAGUUACUUAGUAAUUUACUACUACCAUGGAAUACUGGAGCAAAUUACGACUUAGGACCUGAUCAAUUUACGCCAAAUUACGACUUAGGACCUGAUCAAUUUA